AUGCGUAAAGGUUCUUCGGCGCCUUGGUCUUUUUUCUUCAUUAGACUACUCUUCAAGUUCGUACUCAAGAUAUUCUACGGAACCAUUGUCGUCGAGAAUGCACAUCUAAUUCCACCACGAGGAGUGCCAUGCAUUGUAUGCGCCAACCAUAGCAACUCGCUUACAGACGCACUUCUGCUAGUGACCGCCAUACCAUCGAAGAGGCGUAAUUUGCUGCGUCUCACGGCAAAGUCAACUCAGUUCGGAAAGAAAACGUUCACAAGCUGGUUGAUUGAGUCUGCUGGCACCGUGCCAAUCAAGCGGCGGAAAGACUUCCCGGAUGGUCAAGCUGACAACUCUGCCGUGAUGGUCAAGUUGAUUGAGGCUUUAGAGUACGGAGAUGCGGUGUGCCUAUUCCCGGAAGGCAUGAGCAGGUACCAUCCCACCAUAGCGCCGCUGAAAACGGGAGUCGCUCGACUUGUUUCUGAUACACUCUCACGGAAUCGUGACGACCCUGAAUUCGAGAUUUGCGUACUGACAUGCUCUAUAACUUAUAUGCAUCGCCAGCACUUCCGAUCGGAUGUCCUGAUCACGUUCCACCCUCCCAUGAAAUUUACUCCGAAGAGCGACCCCGAACUACUAGCGCCCGUCGACCACGGCACAAUUCGCGCUCUGACCACUCGAUUCCACCAGCAGAUCAGUAGUGGCACUUUUGAUGCUCCUUCAUGGGAUAUGAUCCGCAGUGCCAAAUCGGCUGCGCGCAUAUAUGCACCUCUGGGGACGACCAUGAGUCUCGGCGACUAUGUCCGUGUGGUGCGCACCUUCUUAGAGGCAUUCAAGCUGGCCGAGAGACCCGUCUUCGAGAACAGCAGCGACGGGGAUAUCGUCAACAAGGAUGAUGCACUGAGGGAGGAUGAGAAAAUCCGGCGGUUGGCGAGUGACUUGAAGGAAUACCAGAAUCAGCUUUCUUUGUGGGGAGUCAAGGAUGACCGUAUUCGCAGACCUCUUCCACCGCAUGUCAUCAUAUACCGAAUCUGUGUGCGAUUGGCUUGGUCCAUCUUCUUGUUUAGCAUCUCCCUGCCCGGCCUGCUCCUCUGGCUCCCGGUCUUCAUUACGACUUUUAUCGCGGUAUCUCGCUUCAAGCGCACGGGUCCUAUUUGGGACACAUGGGACGAGAUCGCGCAGUAUAAGCUCAUCUACGGGUUCAUAUCUGGCCUGUGCGUGUGGGGCGGAUCCGUCCUGCUCACCUUCCCUAUCGCUCCCAUCACGGCUGUCUGCGUCCCCGCCCUGAUGUGGAUGUCCCUCCGCUGGCUGGAAGAUGCCGUGUCUGCAUUCCGUGCAUUCGCUGCGCUUGUGCGGCUACUGCGCAUGGGUCGAACGCGGCUGCGUGAUAUGCGCGCGGUCCGCGAGCGGCUGCAUGCGCGCGUCAUGGACCUAGCGGUACACACUCUGGGCUUGCCGACAGAUCCAGAACACUACUUCGCCGAAACAGGUGGCAAGGAGAAGGGCAGGGUCAAGGGGCGGUGGGCGAGCAAGGCCAAGUACUUCUCCAUUCGCAGGAGGAGGAAGAGGGAUUGGAACGAGACGCUCAGGCUUUACGACCAGGUGGAUUAUCCGGAGGACGAAUUCUGA